AUUCAUUUGCCACAACAAUCUAUCAAGUCCCAAAAUAACAACCCGUCUUUCUUAAAAAAGAAAAGCUUUUAUUUGUAUUAGUUUAUAAGAUGUUUAAAGCUCAGUCAUCAGUUACCCUCCUCAUAUGCCUCAACCUAAUAUUUUUCUCUUUGGUGAGUUGCCAUUAUGUCCCUUGCCCACCACCACCACAUACCUCUAAACCCCCUAGCCCUAGCGGUGGCCACCAUGGAGGGAUGUCACCGACACCCAUGUUAUCACCACCUAGCAAGUCACCAACACCAGUGCCAUCAGGCCCGUCACUACCUGGCAAAUCACCAACACCAGUGCCAUCAGUCCCAUCACCACCUGGCAAAUCACCAACACCGGUGCCAUCAGGCCCAUCACCACCAAGUAAAACACCAGUAACGCCAGUGCCAUCAGGCCCGUCACCACCUAGCACAUCACCAACACCUGUGCCAUCAGUCUUGUCACCACCUAGCAAAUCACCAACACCAUCAUCACAAGGCAAUUGUCCCAUAGAUGUCCUCAAGUUGGGAGCUUGUGCCAAUGUAUUGGGUAACUUGCUUGGGCUUGUCAUUGGAACUCCACCACAGAGUUCAUGCUGCUCUCUCCUACAAGGGUUGACCGACCUUAAUGCAGCAGUUUGCCUUUGCACAGCCAUUAAAGCGAAUGUUUUAGGGAUCAACCUUAACGUCCCUGUCUCGUUGAGUUUGUUGCUCAACAACUGUGGCAAAGGGGCACCCUCUGGCUUCCAAUGUUCUUAAAGCUAUUACUCUCAAGGGUCAUCAAAAUCUUAAGUAUUAUUUCCAUGUUACAACAUUAGAGCGGCUUAAAACUGUUUUAUUCAUAAUUGUAUACGUGUUUAUUUUUUUCUGUUUUUUUUUUCUAUUGGUGAUUAAGGCCCUCGAUCACCACCAGGUCUAAGAUUAUAGACUUGUAGUAAUCUUUUCCAUUCAAGGGAUAAAGACAUACAUGAGUUUUCUUGAAUAAAAUUGAACAAUGUGUUUGAUAAA